AUGCUUCGUUCGGAAAAUGUUCAAGUACGUUCACAAUUAUCAAUAAUUCAACGUCGAAUGUUUCAAGAAAAACAACAAAUAAUGGAUUAUUUACAUCAAACUGAAGAUAAUCUUAUUAAAACAAGAACGACUCAAACAGCAUCAACAAAGAUAUUUACAAUGAUUAAAGAUGAUGAAAAAAUUAAAUUGGAAUUAGAAUUAAAUACUUAUAAAUUAAAAAUAAAACGUUUAUAUUCACAUUUUAAUAUUAAUAUCGAUUCAAUUGAACAGUUAAGACCAAUUUUAGAAGAUCGAUUAUUACAAGUUUAUUAA